AUGAUUGUGUUUAUUUUAUUAGUACUCAAUAUCUCUGCAUGGGUUUUAGUAUUUCAAGAUUUAAAGAAUUUUGAUUCAACCUCUGAAUCUCCUCCAUGGUAUAUUAAAGGAUAAGAUGUAUAAGCUUUAUUUUAUUAUCAAUGUGAAAGAUAAUUUAUUGCUUCCAUUUCUGGAUAAGAAAUUUAUAGAACUUUUUCUAGUAAUUAUUAAGAUGUCACUCAAAUAAAAUUAGAAGCUGAUCUUUAUUUUAAUUUCUUUGAUGAUAGUGAAGUUAUUAUUACAAUAGAUGAUAAGAUAAUAUAUCAUCAUAAGUUUUAUAAAUCUUAAAUAGAAUUAUAUAGUAAUCUAUGUGUGGCUCCAGUUGGCAAUCAUUACUUUACUACUAUUGAAUUAAUAUUUGACUUUUAGGUUAAAGAUUAAAACUCUAUUUCAAUAAAGUUUAAUUCAUUAAAUGAAUAAGAAAAUUCUUAUUAUGGAAUUAGAAAUAUUAAUCUUUAUACAGAUGGUAUAUAAAUGAAUUGUCCAUCAAAUACACCAAUAACAAGUUUAACAUCAACUUGUACAAAUACAUGUGAUUCCUCUAAAUAACAAUUAUAAUCACCAUUAUUGACAAAUUGUCUUUAACCAGGAAUCACAACAAGUAUGAAUUAUUAUAUAUUUAGAUGUCUUUUCAAGAACAUAUCCAGAUUCAUCUAAUCUCAUCACAUACUAGAUAGCUGAUGGAGUAUGGUUAAGUGAUGAUUUUAAACAAAACCCUGAUGAAAAAGUAAAGUAAAUCAUUAUUUCUACUUUCACACAUGCUUAAACAAAUGCAAAGUUGCAAUUAUAAGGUAUUUUGUAUUUGAUUGGAGAAUGGAAAGAUGAUUCGUAUAUAAGAAUAAAGUUUAAUUCUACUAGAGAUACAAAAACAAUCAAAACUGUAGCUCUUCAAGAAGAAAGCCAAUAAUUUUCUACUUCUUAAACUAAUUUUUAUAAGUAUUCUUAUUUUAAUGAAUCAACAAAUACCAUUACUUGUACUACAUCUAGUUGCUAAUCUACUUUAUAUAAUAUAACUUAUUUUGAAUAUGAGCUUGUUACUAUUAAUAAAACAAAUAACAAAUUUAUUGCCAAUCCAUCCAAUUUUUUUGAUGUUUAUUAAACUUAAUUGACUUUACUUAAUGGAACAACUAUUCCAGUUUAAAAAGUAAUACUUAAUACAGAAAAUAUCAUACAAUCUAAUCCAUAAUUUUUAUCAUUUAGUAUUGAAUAAAAUGUAUAAGGAACUGAUGCUAUGUAUGCCUUCUAAAAUAAAAUUUAUAUCUAUUCAGCAUAAAAAUUAGAUUCAGGAUGUACAACAUAUUCUCAAUUUGCAUGUAUUAAAUGCAAAAUUCCAUAUUAUACACAUAUAGGCAAAUGUGUGGCUAAAUGUCCAAUUCAUAGUAGAGUCUUAGAAACUGUUAGAAAUUGUACAGAUUAUAUUAAUAUUGAAACAUUACAAUAUACUACAGGAAUAAGCUAAAAUUCUAGUGGAGUAUAUUUAAUAAAAGAAUUUUAUACUUUAGAUUUUGAUUCUAAAACUAUUUAAAAUACUUUUAAUAUUUAACCUAAGAGUGAUAAUAGUUUCACUAAAUUACUAUUCUCGAAUUUACCAACUAAAAAAAUAAUUGGAGGAUUUGCUACUUGGGGUUAUGGUAGUUAUGUAAAAUAAUUUACUGAUUUACCUUAUCAUUAUUAAAUUAGAAUUUAUUGUACAUUAUAUUUUAUUGAUGGUUGGUCUUUAGAAGAUUAUUUUAUUAUUACAAUUGAAGAAACAGAAUACAAAUAUACAAUAAAAGAUUUAGAACCUUAAUCAUUGACUGGAAAAUAAGAUGUAGAUUAUAGUUUAGAUGUUUUUAUAAGACAUGAACAUUAUGAAGAAUAAUUAACCAUAAAAUUUACUUGUUUGAGUGAAAAUUAUAAUGAUUCAAGAGAAAAAUCAUGUGGAAUGAAUUAAAUCUUUAUUCUUUAUGAUAGAAAUGUAAAUUAUUUAUGCCCUUAAUAAAAUGAAUAUUAUUAGUAAACAUCUUAAACUUGUGCAUCUUGUACUACUACAGGAAUAGGUUGUAUAGAGUAUUAAUCAUAAAAAUUCAAAAAAUGCAAUUAUCGUUGUUUUACUUGUUCAGAUGAUAUAAAUUAUUGUUUAACAUGUGAUCCUGCAUUGAGAAGAGUAUUUAAUAAUAAUUUAUGUUUAUGUAAAGAUGGAUAUUAUGAAUUAGAUAAUGAACCAUAAUGCAAAAGUAAUAUUCUUUAUUUAAAUUAGAAUGUCCUUUUCCUUGUAUUAAUUGUGAAAAAGAUAAAUGCUUAUCUUGUGUGGAUGAUAGAGAAUUAGAAUUAGGGAAAUGUAACUGUAGAUAAGGUUAUUAAGAUAUCAAUAAGUAAUGUAUGUUAAUAUGUCAUUCAACUUGUUUAACAUGUGAUGGAAAUUUUGAGUCAAAUUGUUUAUCUUGUGACUCUUAAAUAAAUAGAUAUCUUGUUGAUAAACAAUGUUUAUGUAAAAAUGGAUAUUUUGAGGAUAAAGAUUAAGGUUGUUUAAAGUCAUGUUUGAAUCAAUUAUAUUGUUAUGCUUGUGAUGAAUUAGAUUAAUGUUUAUAAUGUCUACCAGAUUUAAAUAGAAUACUAUUAAAUAAAUAAUGCAGUUGUUAAUAAGAUUACUAAGAAAAUUCAUCAACAAAACUUUGUGAAAUGAUAUGUCAUUAUUCUUGUUUAACUUGUUCAUAACCAUUAUCAUCAAAUAGUUGUAUUUAAUGUUAACCAAAAAAUGUUACUUUUAGAGAAUUAAAAGAUGAAUCUAAUUGUGUUUGUAUUGAUGGAUAUAGAGAUGAAGGCAACGAAAUUUGUGAAAAAAUACCUGAUUGUCAUUAUACUUGUAAUUUAUGUUAUGAUUCCAAUGAUUAAAAUUUAUGCAUUGAUUGUUAAUCUAAUAGAUAUAUGAAUGAAAAUAAAUAAUGCAUUUGUAAAUAAGGAUUUAAAGAGAUAGAUUAAAUAUGUGUCCUUGAUAAUGAAAAUAAUAAUCAAAAUGGUGGAAAUGAUAAUUAAAAUGAUGGAAAUGAUGGAAAUAAUAAUCAAAAUGGUGAAACUGAUAAUUAAAAUAAUGAUGGAAAUGAUAAUUAAAAUAAUGGAAAUGAUAAUUAAAAUAAUGAUGGAAAUGAUAAUUAAAAUAAUAAUUAAAAUAAUGGAAAUAAUAAUUAAAAUAAUGGUGAAAAUGAUAAUUAGAAUAAUUUUGAAUGUGAUGAUGGUAAUGAUUUACCUAGAGAUGGAUGCUUUAAUCAUUAUAUUGAAUAAAAUUGGUAUUGCACUCCUAAAAUUUAAUCUUAGUAUUCAUUAUGUUCAAGAUGUCAUACAAAUUGUAUAUUUUGUUCAUCUAACUCUAAUUGUGAAUUAUGCAUUGAUGGAUAUUACAACAAUAAUGGUAAUUGUUUACAAUGUUAAUCAUAAUGUAAGACUUGUAAUCUAUUAUCAUCCUAUUGUCUUGAAUGUUCAGACAAGUCUCAAAAUCCAGUUAAUGGAAUAUGUUAAAAAUGCUAAUUUGGGUAUUAUCUAAUUAAUUAUACUUGUAAAUCAAUCUGUGGAGAUGGGAUUGUGGUAGGAGAAGAAGAAUGUGAUGAUAGUAAUAAUAAAAACUAAGAUGGUUGCAAUUCUUAAUGCAAAAUUGAACCUAAUUACUAAUGUGCAGGUUCAUCUUGUAUUCCUUUACCAGAAAUCAAAAAGGAAGCAAAUUUAAAAUAAAACAAUCAAAUUAUAUUAUCACUUCAAAAUAUAAAUUCAAAUUGUUCUUUAGUUUCCUUAUGGAUAGAAUAAAUAUCAGAUGAGAAUUAUUAAUAUAAUAUUUCAUAAAUUGAAUCUACUUUAGAUUCAAACAUGAAAUGCUUAAUUGACUUUUUAUUUAAAAAAGAUAUAAAACCAUUUAAUUUGAUUCAUGUUUAAGUAAAAAAGAAAACAAGAAUAUUAUCUGAUUCUGAUCUUGUAGAAUUACUAGUUUAACCUUAAAAAUAAUAUUAUUAUUCAUCCAAAUAAUAAGAGAAUGCAAAUAUUGUGUAAUAAAUAUACUGUAUUACUUUGUAUUUUAUUUUGGGUAUGAUACCAAUAUCUAUUAUCUUUAAUGAAUUUCAUCAUUUAUGUUUGGAUUUUGUUAUUUCAAUAUCAUACCUCUAUUAUUUCAAUGCAGAUUAUAGUAUUUAUUUGUAAUAACUCCUUUCUAUUUAAAUUUGGCCAUUAAUUUAUAUCAAUUAUCCCUUUUCCAUAUAUGAUGUAGGUAAUGAUUAGAGUCUUAAAUUAGAAAAUAGAAAUUAAGAUUAUUAUUUCAUUUCAAACAUAUGGAUAUCUUUCGUAUUUAUCACAUUUCUCUAUAUAUUGAAAUUAAUAGUAUAAAAAAUUAGAACUCGUUAUCGUAUUAUUUUAAGAUCAUAAAUUAGACCAACAUCGGUUAAGAAUAAUGUUUUUACUUUUAGAAACCAAAAAUAACCUUUUGA